AUGGUUCUCGAAACUAUCUACGUUACUAGACACGGCUUCCGCUCUAACUGGGUGGUCGACCCCACUACCGGCACAUACACAAGCAAUCUCCCCACACCAACUGGCAUUGCAUCGGACCCGGCACUGGCUGCACAUGGCGUGAACCAAUCAAAGGAACUGGCCGAGCACAUCUCCAAGCUGGAUCCUCCUGUCGAUGUCAUCUACAGCUCUCCCUUCUACCGCUGCCUGCAAACUCUCAAACCCACCGUGGAGAAACUCAACACAGAUCGUUCCAGUGACAAGAAGCUGCGUGUGCACGUCGAAAACGGAGUCGGCGAAUUCUACGGUCUUGCCCGCUUCGACCACCCCUCUCCCGCUACUCUUGAUGUUCUCCACAAGCACUUCCCUGAUGGCCUUGCCGAGGCCUACAUGCCUGUCAUCCGUCCCAGCGUCAACGGCGAGAGCUUGACGUCUCUUCACGACCGUAUCGCCUACGCCCUCUAUCACGUCAUCCAGAAGCUCGACCAGGACCCUUCUGGACCAAAGACACUACUCAUCUGCACACACGCUGCCAGUAUGAUCUGUAUUGGCCGUGCUCUGACCGGAAACAUGCCCGAGGAUCCAAGUGAGGAAGACUUUAAAUGCUUUACCUGCUCGCUAUCAAAGUUUACUCGCCGCAACAUUCCCGAAGCACCCGUCGAAAAGCAACACAUCUGGACACUGGACGAGCCCGAGAACAUCCCCUUCGUCGACUGGAGAGGUAAGGGUGUCAAGGGCGGCUGGGAUUGUGAGGUCAACGGUGACUGCUCCUUCCUGGAGAAGGGCGAAGAACGUGGCUGGAACUGGUGGCUCGAGCCCGGUCUUGAAUAUCUGGCACCCAAGGUCACUGUCGCCACUUACGGUGCCGGAGGUGCCAGCAUCGUCUAA